AUGUUCUACGCACAUUUUGUCCUCAGUAAAAGAGGGCCACUGGCCAAAAUCUGGCUUGCGGCCCACUGGGAUAAGAAGCUAACCAAAGCCCAUGUGUUUGAGUGUAAUUUAGAGAGCAGUGUGGAGAGCAUCAUCUCACCAAAGGUGAAGAUGGCACUCCGAACAUCAGGACAUCUCUUACUGGGAGUAGUUCGAAUCUAUCACAGAAAAGCCAAAUACCUCCUGGCAGAUUGUAAUGAGGCAUUCAUUAAAAUAAAGAUGGCUUUUCGGCCAGGUGUUGUUGACCUGCCUGAGGAAAAUCGAGAAGCUGCGUACAAUGCCAUUACUUUACCUGAAGAAUUUCAUGAUUUUGAUCAGCCACUGCCUGACUUAGAUGACAUUGAUGUGGCCCAGCAGUUCAGCCUGAACCAGAGUAGAGUGGAAGAGAUAACUAUGAGAGAAGAAGUUGGAAACAUCAGUAUUCUACAAGAAAAUGAUUUUGGUGACUUUGGAAUGGAUGAUCGUGAGAUAAUGAGAGAAGGCAGCGCUUUCGAGGAUGAUGACAUGUUAGCAAGCACUGGUGCUUCUAACCUCCUAUUAGAGCCUGAGCAGAGCACCAGCAAUCUUAAUGAGAAAAUUAACCAUUUAGAAUAUGAAGACCAAUAUAAGGAUGACAAUUUUGGAGAAGGAAAUGAUGGUGGUAUAUUAGAUGACAAGCUGAUUAGUAAUAAUGAUGGUGGUAUCUUUGACGACCCCCCUGCCCUGUCUGAGGCGGGGGUGAUGUUGCCCGAGCAGCCUGCACACGAUGAUAUGGACGAGGAUGAUAACGUGUCAAUGGGUGGGCCUGAUAGUCCUGAUUCAGUGGAUCCUGUCGAACCAAUGCCAACUAUGACUGAUCAGACAACGCUUGUUCCAAAUGAAGAGGAAGCCUUUGCUUUGGAACCUAUUGAUAUCACUGUCAAAGAAACAAAAGCCAAGAGGAAGAGGAAGCUCAUUGUUGACAGUGUCAAAGAGUUGGAUAGCAAGACAAUUAGAGCCCAGCUUAGUGAUUAUUCUGACAUUGUUACUACUUUGGAUCUGGCACCACCCACCAAGAAAUUGAUGAUGUGGAAAGAGACAGGAGGAGUGGAAAAACUCUUCUCUUUACCUGCUCAGCCUUUAUGGAAUAACAGACUACUGAAGCUUUUUACACGCUGUCUUACACCACUAGUACCAGAAGAUCUUCGAAAAAGGAGGAAAGGAGGAGAGGCUGAUAAUUUGGAUGAAUUCCUCAAAGAAUUUGAAAAUCCAGAGGUUCCCAGAGAGGACCAGCAGCAGCAACAUCAGCAGCGUGAUGUUAUCGAUGAGCCCAUUUUGGAAGAGCCAAGCCGCCUCCAGGAGCCGAUGGAAGCCAGCAGGACAAACUUGGAUGAGUCAGCCAUGCCCCCGCCGCCACCUCAGGGAGUUAAACGAAAAGCGGGACAAAUUGACCCAGAACCCGUGAUCCCUCCUCAGCAGGCAGAGCAGAUGGAAAUUCCUCCUGUAGAGCUGCCCCCAGAAGAACCUCCAAAUAUCUGUCAGUUAAUUCCAGAGUUAGAACUUUUACCAGAAAAGGAAAAAGAGAAGGAGAAGGAGAAAGAAGAUGACGAAGAGGAGGAGGAUGAAGAUGCUUCAGGAGGUGAUCAGGAUCAAGAGGAAAGAAGGUGGAACAAAAGGACCCAGCAGAUGCUUCAUGGUCUUCAGCGAGCUCUUGCUAAAACUGGAGCUGAAUCUAUCAGUUUGCUUGAGCUGUGCCGAAACACGAACAGAAAGCAAGCUGCAGCAAAGUUCUACAGCUUCUUGGUUCUUAAAAAGCAGCAAGCCAUCGAGCUGACACAGGAAGAACCGUACAGUGACAUCAUUGCCACGCCGGGACCGAGGUUCCACAUUAUCUGA